UGUCGCCCUCCUGUCAUAUAAAGGAGCCAUUUGGCGCCUCUGGAGUCAAACUAGCGCGAAGAAGCUUCUGGUCCUGUCCUCUUGGUGCUGCGUAGACCAACAAAAGAAUAUUCAAAAUGUCUGAUGAGGGCAAGCUUUUCGUCGGAGGUCUGAGCUUUGAUACCAACGAGCAGUCGUUGGAAGAUGUCUUCUCCAAGUACGGGACCGUGUCCGAAGUGGUGGUGAUCAAAGACCGGGAAACACAGAGGUCCAGGGGCUUCGGCUUCGUGACGUUUGAGAACCCAGAUGACGCCAAAGACGCGAUGAUGGCCAUGAAUGGCAAGUCUGUGGAUGGGAGGAUGAUCCGUGUGGAUGAAGCUGGCAAGUCCUCGGGGAGGUCCGGCGGCUACAGGGGAGGCUCCUCUGGGGGAAGGGGAUUCUUCCGUGGGGGCAGAGGAAGAGGAAGCUAUGGUGGCGACAGGAGCUAUGGAGGUGACCGCAGCUACGGAAGUGGAGACAGGAGUUACAGUGGUGGAUACAACAGGAGUAGUAGUGGUGGCGGCGGUGGCGGCUACUCCUCGGGCGGAUACUACAACCGGGACAGCAGGGGGCAGGGAAGCUAUGGUGACCGCUCUGGGGGCUCCUACAGGGAUGGCUACGACAGCUAUGCUACACACGAGUAAAAAACCGCCCUGAUUCAAGAUCAUCACUUCGCUGGCUGUAUUUAUAAAGAUGCGCUCUUCGAAGAACCUUUUUUUUUAUAUUUUGUUCUAGUACUUUCUGUAAUCUGAUUUUGACCUUGUUCUGUCACUCUGACAACAUCACUACAAGCUUAAGUAGUUACUGAUGUUGUUGGACGAUGUGCUGUUCUGAAAUGUGAGGAAGUUUGUAUGAUUUUUUUUUUAAUUAAGCGCUUUUGAUUUCUAUAAAACUGUCAAAGCUGUGAUUUAAGGCCAUUAGGUUCAGUAAUGCAUUCACUUCAGGUGACGCUAAAGGAAUGCAUUGAGACCUGUUCAAAUUCAAUAUUUUAACUACUGUAUACAUUUCACGGCUGUUGUACGUAACAGUUGUGAUUUAAUUUAUCCUGAUCAACAGCCUGGUAGCUUCUUAAGUUGAUCCUUUAUGAAUAUUAACAGAGUAUUGGAAUGCUAUACAGGUUGACUUUUAAUAUUUAGCUUGCCAUGCUGUGGUAAAUACUCGAGGCUUUCUGUGCCUUGGGUUGCACUCAAGUAGAUAAUGUAUUAAAGUUGGACUAUUCCCAAGUUGACCACCUUGGUAUGGCUAAGGAGCUGGAUGCAGUAUCCAGAGUAAAUUGCUCUGGGUCCUGAUCAUCAUAUUAGAUACUUAACCUAAAGAGCUAAUUAUUCCUUUUGAGGGUUUAUUUUACUCUAGGUUUUUGUAUUUGAUUCUGGUGUUUUGGACUUGGUACUCAUGAUACGAUACUCAAAUGUUGAAACCAGUAUUGUCUCUCUCCCACUGAGAAAUUGUGCUUUGUUCUCUGUACAAAAGAAACUGAAGACGCUUAUUUUGUAAACUUUUGGCUUCAUGAAGCCUAUUAAACGAAAUGGUGGAAAAUG